AUGGUCCUCCCGCUACCGACCGCCGCUCCAGUGGCUGGAGGAACAGCAGCCGCUGGAACAGGAAGCGCGGCCGCCGGAGCAGUCCCGGGAGCUAGUCCCACGCUCUUCGACGCAUUCACCAACAACCCCUAUUUUUCGGCCGGAUUUGGUCUUAUAGGCGUAACAGCAGGGCUAGCGCUCCUUAAACAGGGCGCGGUGCACGGAGUGACGUUUGCCCGGCGGCGGCUCCUCGUCACCCUGGAAAUACCCAGCAAAGACACCAGCUACGCAUGGUUCCUGCAGUGGAUGAGCCAUCAUGGUGCACGGCGGAACGCGCAUCAGUUGAGCGUGGAAACGUCGUUUGUGCGGAGGGAUAACGGGAGCGUUGCGAGUACUUUUGCGUUGGUGCCCGGGCCUGGAAGGCAUUACAUACGGUACGAGGGGGCAUGGAUACAGGUGGAGCGACAACGCGAGCGCAACAUGAUUGAUCUGAAGUCCGGCACUCCCUGGGAAACGAUAACGCUGACAACGCUAAGCCGUGACCGGAAACUGUUUCAUAAGAUGUUGGAGGAGGCCAAGACAAACGCGCUUGCCAAGGAGGAAGGCAAGACAGUCGUUUACACGAGCUACGGACCAGAUUGGAGGCCGUUUGGGAACCCGAGGAAGCGACGGCCGCUGGCGUCGGUCGUCCUUGCGGACGGAAUCUCAGAUACGAUCUUGCAUGACGUGAAAUCGUUUAUGACCGGUGGAAAGUGGUAUUUUGACCGAGGAAUACCAUAUAGGAGAGGAUACCUGCUCUACGGACCGCCUGGGACGGGCAAAACUAGCUUCAUACAAGCCCUUGCAGGCGAGCUCGAGUACAACAUCUGCGUCAUGAACCUCAGCGAGCGGGGUAUGACCGAUGACCGGCUGAGCCAUCUGCUCAACCAUUGUCCACCACGGAGUAUUAUCCUGUUGGAAGAUGUGGACGCUGCAUUUGCGAAUCGCGCGCAAACGGACAAACAGGGCUUCCAAUCCAUGGUGACCUUCUCCGGCCUCCUCAACGCACUCGACGGCGUCACUUCCUCCGAAGAGCGCAUCAUCUUCAUGACCACCAAUCACAUAGACCGCCUCGACCCAGCCCUCAUCCGCCCCGGGCGCGUCGACGUGCAAGUCUACCUCGGCAACGUGGACGCACAUCAAGCCGAGCAUAUGUUCCUGCGGUUCUACCCCGGGGAAGUUGCCCUGGCCACGCGGUUUGUAGAAAAAGCGGGCUUGGUGAGGGCUGUCGGCGAGGAAGAAGAAGAGAGUUCUUUGAGUCCGGCGUUAUUGCAGGGCCAUUUUGUGAUGUAUCGUGAUAAUGCGCGGAAAGCUGUUGAUAAUGCGGAUAGGCUUGCUGUAGGCGCGAAGCGGACGGCGUAA